AUGUCCUUAUUUAUCUAGCAAACUAAAACAGUAAUAGUUAAAAACUUUCUUUUUUACUCAAGCAAAAAAGAAAUUAUCAAAGAACUGCUCGUACCCUUGAUAUCGGCAUGGGUAUUUUAUGUAGGGAGACCUACUUCGCAGCAAUAAUAAUAAGGUGAUGAUGAAAAUCCUUUCAAAUUCAUGAAUAGUAUGAUCAGUUUAAUGCUUCCUCUUUACCUACCAGGCACAAUUACUGGAUACGCCAAAAAACUUUUGAUCAAUUAUGUAAAUGAAAAGCAUGAGCGCUACAAAGAAACCUAAAAGAUUAUGGGAUUAACUUAAAGAGCCUAUUUAUCUGGUUGGUUGAUUACUAGUUAUUUGGCCAUGGGUAUAAUAGGUUUAAUAACUAUUCUUUCUUUAUAUUUUAGUGGUUAUGAAGUGAAUGGAUCGUUUUCUAUAAUUGCAAUUAACUACAGUGUGUAUCUUAUUGCUUCAAUUCAUUAAAUACUUGCUAUAUCUACUUUUUUCAGCUCUCCUAAGCUUGCUGGAGAAAUUGGAAUUUUCUUCAUUUCUAUGGCUUCACUUCUAUUUUUCUACCUAACUUAUGGCACUAAAGUUUCAGACACAACUUUUGCACUGGUAUGUUUGUUUCCAUAGGCUGCAAUAUCUUUUUCUAUUUUACAGCCUCAGCAAUAAUCUACCUAACCAGCUACUAGCAAUCAGAAUGACCCUGUUUCAGAUAUUUCCUAAUCAGUCUUAGGCAAUCAAUACAACUACAAGAUAGCCAGUUUUAUGCUUUUCGUUGAUAUUUUUGUUUACAUUCUUUUAUAUUUUUAUCUUGAAGAAAUCAUCCCAAACGAAUAUGGAAUAAAAAGAAGUCCUUUCUUUAUUUUCAAAAAGAAGUUUUGGAGUGAUUUUUUAUUCAAAAAAACUUUAAGAUAAAAAUCUAAUUAUGUUUAAUUUGACGAUCAAUUAAAUGAAAACGAUGGAUAGUCAAAUAACCACAUGAGUAACUAGCAUGUUAUUGAAUUAGGAAAUGAUAUGAAAAACAUAUAAAAUGAAUCUCUAUUAGGUGAAAAAAAGAAAAAUUCAAACAAUAGUAACAUUUUGAAUUAGUAGUCAAGUCUUUAUACACAAAAUUCUAAUUAUGUAGAACCAAAUUAGAACCCACUAUUAAUUGAUGUCAUUGAUCUAAAAAAACAUUUUAAAUCAGUUCAUGCUGUUGAUGGCAUUUCAAUGAAACUCUUCCAAAAUGAAAUAUUAUGUUUGCUGGGUCACAAUGGAGCAGGUAAGACUACAACAAUAUCUUUAUUGACAGGUCUGAUAGAAAAAACAGGCGGAAAAAUUCUAUAUUUUGGAGAUGAAUUGGAGGAAAAUAUAGAUAAAAUCAGAUAAAACUUAGGUAUUUGCAACUAAAAAGAUGUGCUGUAUAAUUAUAUGACAGUCACUUAACACUUGGAAUUUAUUGCAGGAAUAAAAGGAAUUAGUUCAGAUUAGGUUAAGUAAGAAGUUUAAAAUAUUAUCAAUGAGGUAGGAUUGCAAAACGAAAAAGAUAAAUUAGCAGAAAAUCUAAGUGGGGGAAAUAAAAGAAAGCUAUCUUUAGGAAUGGCUUUGGUCGGAGGAUCUAAAAUAAUUUACUUAGAUGAGCCAACUUCAGGAAUGGAUGCCGUUUCUAGAUAAUAGAUUUGGAAAAUAUUGGAAAUCAUCAAGAAUAGUAGAUCAAUAGUACUUACUACUCAUCAUUUGGAAGAAGCUGAGAGACUUUCAGACAGAAUUAUUAUCAUGUCUAAAGGUAAAAAGAAAAUUGAAGGACACUCAGAUGACAUAAAGAGAGAGUAUGGUGUUGGAUAUCACUUGACUUUAUCUGCUAAAUCAAAUGAAUUUAAAUAAUAAUUUGAGGAAAGAAAAUAAUAUAUAAAAUAAUUUGUUCUCUAAUCUAUCCAGGGAUCAGAGUACAAUGUUUAAAGUUCGAAAGACUGCAUUAAAUUUAUCCUUCCUUUUAAGUCUAUUGAUUAGUUUUCUGAGGCAUUUUAGUUUAUAGAAAAAGAAGAAUUCAUUAAUAUAAGUUUAUCAAUUAAUUCUUUAGAAGAUGUAUUCAUCAAGAUUGGAAUUGAAGAUGAAAUAAGCGAUGGAGGUCUUAAUAUCUUGUCUAAUGAUCAAAAUUCUCAUCCUAUUGCGCUAUACAAUAGCCCAAAAUAUUCCUUUUUUAAUUAAUUCUUAGCUAUGUUUUAAAGAUAAUAUUACAUGACUAUUCGUAAUUGGUCAGCUAUUCUGAUGAUUUUGUUACCGAUAGCAGAGAUGCUUCUAGGUGUUUAUGUCGCUAAGCAUUUUAUUGAUAAUUUAGAGAAAUAUUUUGACGUACUUGAUGAUGCUACAGGAGAUAAAAAUUAGUCUAAGCAAUUAAAAGAGUCGUUUGUUUUUCCACUUAAAAUGUACUUCUUGAAUAUCUUUAUAGUCUAAGCUUACUCAAUCAACACUUCAAUAUAUGUAAAUACUCCUGUCCUAGAAAGAGAAACAUAAAUAAAAUACGCUUUGAAUAUUAUGGGUUGUCGCCCCUUGCCUUACUGGCUAGGAACCCUUGCUUUUGAUUACACUGUUUACUUCAUCACGUUCUUAAUUUUUUACAUUAGCAUUUAUUCAGCUAGAGUAGAAUUUUUAAUUCCUUAUUUAAAACCACUUUUUAUAAUUAUGGCUUGCUUUGGAUUUAGCUUAAUUACUUUCUGUUAUAUCUGUGGUAUCUUCUUUUAGAAUAGCAACUCUGCUUUUAAAUAUUUCCCUAUAAUUGCUCUUUUUGUGAAUUAUACAAUUCCUUCCAUUCUACUCAUGAUCACAAGAUUCUCCCUUCCAGAUUUAUAUCAGAUCUUACAAUAUGUUACGCUAUUAUUAUCUCCUUUCUUGACCCUAGAAAAAGCCUUGGCUAAUAUUGACUCUUAGAAAAGAAUGGGAUAGGCUAUGUAAAGUUCAGAUUUAAGAGGAAGUUAAAUAUUCAGUAAAUGGUAGCAUUAUUCCAUUGCCAUAAUAGUUUAAGGUAUCGUUUAUAUGAUUGGUGUUAUGAUCUAUGAGAGGAAAUAUUACUCCUUAGCAGGUUCAAAUUAGGAUGUGCCAUAAGACUUAGAAGAAUAAGUUGACGAAGGAGUUUAAAAUGAAAUUAACAGAGUUUAAGAUCCAAAUAAUAGAGAUCCUAUUAAAUGUGAUCAAAUUUAUAAAGUCUAUCCAAGCUCCCCUGCGAAUAUUUGUGCCGUCAGAGGAACUACAUUUGGAGUUGAAAAAGGAUAAAUUUUUGGUUUGUUAGGACCUAAUGGUGCAGGUAAGACAACAACGUUUGGCAUGAUAACUGCUAAUAUAGCUAAAACUCGCGGAUAAAUAUAUCUCAAUAACAAGAAUAUCAAUGAAAGCUCAAGUAUUUAUUUUGACAACAUUGGAGUCUGCCCUCAAAAUAACUGCUUAUGGGAGUAUUUGAAGGCAAAAGAGCACUUAAAUGUGUUCGGAAGAGUGAAAGGACUGAGUGGAAAAGACUUAAAAGAGGUUGUGGGAUAUUAUCUAAAAUACAUGCAAUUAUCUCAUUACAAAGUAUAAUCUUCUAAGUUAUCUGGAGGAAAUAAAAGAAAGUUGUGUGUUGCUAACUGUUUGAUUGCUUCACCUUCUUUAUAAUUUUAUGACGAACCCUCAACAGGAUUAGAUCCAAUAGCGAAAAGAUAUUUAUGGAAGUGCUUGAAAGACAUCUUAUAAAAAAAAGAGUCAUCUAUUGUGUUAACGACUCAUUCGCUAUAAGAAGCAGAAGAUUUAUGUGAUAAAGUUGGUAUUUAAGUGAAUGGAAAGUUUAAAUGCCUUGAUAAUUUAUAGAUUUUAAAAAGUAGAAAGGGAUAAGGAUAUAAAAUAAUUGUAAAUCUUAUAGAUGUGCCAUAAAAAAAUCAGGAUUAAAUUAACAGACUUAUCAAAUAGUAAUACCCAGAUGCAGAAAUUUUAAAUUAACAAGACAUAAAAAGUUAUGAUGAAAGAAUCGUUUAUAAAGUCCCAAGUUAACACUUUUUAUUCUCUAAGUCAUUUUUCUUCUUACAAAAUUUAAAGCACAAUAAAAUAAUUGAAGAUUUUUCAAUUACACAAGCAUCUCUUGAAGACAUAUUUAUAUAAUACUCUUAAUACUAAAAUGAGCCAAGUAACUAAAUUCCAAAUAACAACAGAUAAUCAUGCUGUUCUAUCUUCUCAUUUUUAAGAAGAAGAUGA